AGAAGUAAAAUCCGAAGGAGGCCGGCCUUUUUCUUCUUCUUCUUUCCGCCCUCUCCUUUUCAAAAAGUUGAACAACCAAACGCCACUGAAAAAAAAUUCAUUGCAUAUUCUCUUUCUCUCUUUAUUUUUCUUUUCAUCUUCUGCUGUUUAUUUUUUAAUUUUCUAACGUAAUCCUUAAACUUCUCUUCCAUUUCAUUCUAUCUGACCCUGUAAUCUAUUUCGGCUAUUUAAUUUCCUUUUGUUUUCACAAAUUUUCUUGAUCUAGUUUCAGUUUGGAACAAUGACGAGGGUAAGUCGUGAGUUUGGCAAUACUAUGCAAAAGGAAGCAGCUUCAGCUGUAUCAGCUGAUGUGAUAUUUGCUUCGAGUCGUUUUCCCAAUUACAAAAUUGGGGCAAAUAAUCAGGUUGUGGAUGCCAAAGAAGACCCUAAAGUUUUGACCAUGAAGGAGGUCGUUGCACGUGAGACCGCCUUGUUACUGGAGCAGCAGAAACGCCUCUCUGUUCGUGACCUUGCUAGUAAAUUCGAGAAGGGGUUAGCUGCUGCUGCUAAGUUGUCUGAAGAGGCUCGACUCAGAGAGGCAGCUUCAUUGGAGAAACAUGUCCUUUUGAAGAAGCUUAGAGAUGCUCUGGAAUCUUUGAAAGGGCGUGUAGCUGGAAGAAACAAGGACGAUGUGGAGGAAGCAAUUGCCAUGGUGGAAGCUCUUGCAAUUCAGCUGACUCAAAGAGAAGGGGAGUUGCUUCAAGAGAAGACAGAAGUGAAGAAACUAGCAAAUUUCCUUAAGCAGGCUUCUGAAGAUGCUAAGAAACUUGUUGACGAGGAAAGAGCUCAUUGUCGAGCUGAAAUUGAGAGUGCAAGAGCAGCAGUUCAGAGAGUGGAAGAGGCCCUUCAGGAGCAAGAACAAAUAUCUCGAGCUUCAGGCAAACAGGAUCUGGAAGAGUUAAUGAAGGAGGUGCAAGAGGCUAGACGGAUCAAAAUGCUGCACCAACCAAGCAAGGUUAUGGAUAUGGAACAUGAGCUUCGUGCAUUAAGGAUUCAACUUGCAGAGAAGUCAAAGCAUUCCUUACUACUUCAAAAAGAGCUAGCAAGAAGCAAGAGAAUGGAGAAAAAUAUAUCUCAUAUAUAUGAAUUAGACGGUGCUGAAACUUUAGGUUCAUAUUUGCGGAUUAAACCUUGCUCUGAUAUUGCUCCCGAACUUGCCGAAUGCUCAAUUCAGUGGUAUCGUAUUUCAUCUGAAACUAGCAAAAAGGAGCUUAUAUCAGGUGCUAGCAAAUCAGUUUAUGCUCCAGAGCCUUUUGAUGUUGGUCGAAUCCUGCAGGUUGAGAUUAUUUAUGAUGGCCAGCUAAUUGUAUUGACAACUGCUGGUGCUAUUGAUCCAGCUGCUGGUUUGGGAAACUAUGUGGAGGCACUUGUGCGGAAACAUGAUGUUGAAUUCAAUGUAGUUGUUAGCCAAAUGAAUGGUGCAGAUCAUCCAUCUGAAUCUAUUCAUGUACUACAUGUUGGAAAGAUGAGGAUGAAACUAUGUAAAGGAAAGACGACAAUUGUCAAAGAAUAUUAUUCCAGCUCAAUGCAGCUGUGUGGAGUCAGAGGGGGCGGAAAUGCAGCUGCCCAAGCAUUGUUUUGGCAAGCAAAGAAAGGGUUUUCAGUUGUACUAGCAUUUGAAUCAGAGAGAGAAAGAAAUGCAGCCAUCAUGCUUGCCAGGAGAUUCGCUUUCGACUGCAAUAUAAUGCUAGCCGGACCAGAUGGUGGAUUUUCUAUAGGAACCAAAUAGAUCUCCUUAGAAUCAUGGUUUGCUAAUUGUAAUUAUGUUAUCAUUGUAUCAUAAAGUUUGUAAUAUUAGGAAAUGACAUGGUGAGUUAGGUUUUCCACCAUUCUUUAUUCCCCCAUUUUCCUUUAAUUUCCUGUGGAAUCAACACCAAGGCAUUGUUUUUUGUUUGCCUUUUGUAUUUAUGUAACAAUUUCAGACUUCACAUUUGGAGGGUUUCUGGAGAUAUCUAUAUCUAUAUAUAGAUGUAUAGAUAUAGGUAUAUAUGUUUAUAUUUGUUGAAUUAGUCAUGUGUGAAAUGUACGACUCCAAUUUCAUAUUUUAAAUGAAAAAGGGAUGUUUAGCAGGUUUUUGAAUA